CCAGCCAGCACGGGCAGCACGCCGGCCGAGGCAGCAACACCACCGGCACGGCCCGCGCGUCGCCGCGCGUCGCGUCCACGCCAGACAAACCUGUUUCGGAGGUUUGCCCGGACCAGCCGAACGAGUGUCGCGAACGCUGUCCCCAUUCCCCGGCGGAUUCCUGCCUGGAAAAGAAAAGCCCCACCGCCGGCAAGGAGUGCGCCACCCCGUCCGCGAGUGUGUGAGUGGGCGUGUGUGUGUGUGUGUGUGACCCAGGACAAGAGCGUCUUGUUUGUGAGUGUGUGUGCGUGCCCUGUUGGUGGAUUACUGCGGCGCGGGCGGCCGUCCCGGUCACUUUCACGCUACUUGAUCUAACAGACUUUUGGAGGCCUCUAGUCCGGUGCUGACUGCUAUAAGGUAGUUAGGGUGGAGUGGAUGACUGUUCGACGGCGACGGCGGCAACAACCAAAUAAAACAUGAAAAAGGAGAUUCCGAUGGGGUGCGGCGUGAGCUGGGUGGACGAAUGGCUGACGCGGAACUUCUUCCGCGUGGGGCUGUUCGUGGGCCGCCACCCCGGCUACUUCAUCAUCGUGCCGGUGCUGCUGACGGCGCUCUGCAUGACAGGCUACCAGCGCAUGCGCUACGAGAUGGACCCCGAGUACCUGUUCUGCCCCAUCAGCGGCGCGGCCAAGGACGAGCGCGCUAUCGUCGAGAACUUCUUCAAGACCAACUACAGCUCUAGGUUCAACGUGGGCAGGAUAACGCGGCCGGGUCGGUUCGGGCGGGUGAUCGCCAUCCCGCGGCACGGCGACGACAUGCUGAAGCGCGAGAUCUGGGAGGAGCUGCGCAUGCUGGACGACCUGAUCCGCAACGCCACGGUGCCCUGGAGCGGCGAGGGCGGCGACUUCCAGUACGAGCAGGUGUGCGCGCGCUGGCAGGACAACUGCUUCACCAACGACAUCCUCAACCUGGACCACGUCAUCGACGAGGUCGAGAAUCGGUCGCUGCUGCUGACGUUCCCCAUCAUGUUCAACCCCGUGACGUGGGACGCGCACGCCUUCCCGGUGUACUUCGGCGGCUCCGAGGUGGACGGCGAGGGGCUGAUCCAGCGCGUGCCGUCCGUGCAGCUGGUGUACUUCGCCAAGGCGGACAACAAGGGCCAGGACGCCAAGGGCGCCGCAUGGGAGGAGCGCUUCCUGGAGGUGGUGGGCGAGGCCGACGAGCACCUCUUCCAGCACAUCUCGGUGGCGCGCUUCGCCAGCCGCACGCUGGACAUCGAGCUGGAGCGGAACACCCGGUCCAUCGUGCCCUUCUUCUCGUCCACGUUCGCCAUCAUGGCCAUCUUCUCGGUCAUCACGUGCAUGAUGACGGACUGGGUGCGCUCCAAGCCCUGGCUGGGGCUGCUGGGCAACGUGUCGGCCGGCAUGGCCACGCUGGCCGCCUUCGGGCUCGCCAUGUACCUGGACUUCGAGUUCAUCGGCAUCAACCUGGCCGCCCCCUUCCUCAUGAUCGGCAUUGGUAUCGACGACACGUUCGUGAUGCUGGCCGCGUGGCGCCGCACGCCCGUGACCAUGUCGGUGCCGGAGCGCAUGGCGCACACGCUGUCCGACGCGGCCGUGUCCAUCACCAUCACCUCCGUGACGGACAUCGUGUCCUUCUUCAUCGGCAUCAUCUCGCCGUUCCAGUCCGUGCGCAUCUUCUGCAUCUACUCCGGUUUCGCCGUCUGCUUCACCUUCGUCUGGCACCUGACCUUCUUCUCGGCCUGCAUGUCUCUGUCCGGCUACCGCGAGCAGUACAACCGGCACGCGCUGACGGGCUGCAAGGUGGUGCCAAGAUCCCUGGCCAAGAAAAAGAACAUCCUGUACCGCGCCUUCUGCGCCGGCGGCCACAACCCCGAGGACCCCAACAACCCCGAGGACAACAAGGAGCACGCCGGCAUGAGUUUCUUCCGCGACACCCUGGCCAGCUGGCUGAACCGCUGGCCCGUCAAGGUGCUGGUGCUGCUGGUGUUCGGCGCCUACCUGGCCGGCGCGUGCUACGGCAUCACCACCAUGGAGGAGGGCCUGCAGCGCCGCAAGCUGUCGCACGCCUCGUCCUACUCCAUCGAGUUCUACGACCGCGAGGACUUCUACUUCCGCGAGUUCCCGUUCCGCAUUCAGGUGGUGGUCUCCGGCGAGUACAACUACUCGGACCCGAUCAUUCAGGCGCAGAUGGAAAACCUGACGCAGACCUUGGAGAACUCGACGUACAUCUCGUCGCCGCUGUACACGGAGUCGUGGCUGAGGUCCUUCCUGGGCUACGUGACACGCAACCAGGACUACCUGAACGCCACCAUCGACAACGAGAAGGACUUCAUCGCCUCCCUCAAGGAGCUGUGGCUGUUCCCCGCCAACCCCUUCUCCCUGGACGUCAAGUUCAACGAGGCCGGUGACCGCAUCAUCGCCUCGCGCUUCCUCAUCCAGGCCGUCAACGUGACCGACACGAACCAGGAGAAGGACAUGGUGAUCAACCUGCGCCGCAUCUGCGCCGAGUCGCCGCUCAACGCCUCCGUGUUCCACCCGUACUUCGUCUUCUUCGACCAGUUCAUGUUGGUGCGGCCCACCACCAUCCAGUGCAUGAUCAUCGGCGCCAUCAUCAUGAUGGUCAUCUCGUUCAUCUUCAUCCCCAACAUCCUGUGCAGCCUGUGGGUCGCCUUCUCCAUCAUCUCCAUCGAGGUCGGCGUGGCGGGCUACAUGUGCCUGUGGGACAUCCACCUGGACUCCAUCUCCAUGAUAAACCUCAUCAUGUGCAUCGGCUUCUCCGUGGACUUCACGGCCCACAUCUGCUACGCGUACAUGUCCUCCAAGGCGCGCACGUCGGAGGAGCGGGUACGGGAGUGCCUGCACUCGCUGGGCCUGCCCAUCUUCCAGGGCGCCACCUCCACCAUCCUGGGCAUCAUCGCGCUCGUGCUCGCCGACAGCUACAUCUUCCUCGUGUUCUUCAAGAUGGUGUUCAUGGUCAUCUUCUUCGGCGCCAUGCACGGCCUGUUCCUGCUGCCCGUGCUGCUGUCCAUCUUCGGCCCCGGUGCCUGCUCGGGCGGGGCCAACGACGACGACGACGUGGACCCCAAGUCCGCCGUGGAGAAGACGUUCCCGCACCCGUACUGCAUCCCGCACCCGUCGCUGCACCCCACGCAGCUGCAGGUGCCGCACAAGGGCAACGGCCACGCCCCCGCCUUCGGCAUCCCGCUGCCGGGGCUGCCCAGCUUGCCGUCGCACCUGGGCAUGCUGGAGAAGGACAUGGGGCUGGGCACCUCCGGGGAGGACUCGAGCGAGGCCAGCUCGUCCAAGUCGCAGCGCCGCCGCGCCGCCCAGGCCGAGGAGGACGAGCGCCAGCGCCGGAAGUACGUCGAGGGCUGGCGCAAGACGUCGGCGCUGCCCAUGCAGCCGCUGCAGACCCAGAUGCGGCACUACCAGCCGCGCCACAUGGACGUGUACAACAACAGCGGCUACCUCAGCGACGAGGACCGGCACGUCCGCAGCCGCAGGGACUCCAGGGGCUACCGGGGGUCGCCGUCGAGCCACCCGGGCCUCCAGGGCCAGCGGCAGCCCAGACCGCCGCCGGCGCAGUUCCAGCCCGGGCCGCCUGCCAACUUCCGCUACGGCGGCGACAUGAAGUUCCCCUGACCCUGAUUCCUGCAUGUAGUGCAGCGGUGCAGCAGUGCAACGUGGUGUCGCGUUUUGUUACUUACGGACCGGAGACCCCACGCUUCUCCCGGCGGAUGGCGGCCACACUGCUCGGUGCUGAGGCUGCCUGGAGCGGCCGGCACGCGACCCGAGCGUGGUCCAUGAUGGCUGCGUAGUCAAGCGACACCGUCAAUAGUUAUUUUUCGCCGCCGGUCCCAUUUUCUUAAUGGAAGUGUCAAGGCUCCUCGUGCGGUGUUCGUUUCCAAACGAAUGCCCCCUUGGAUUUUGAACUGUCUGAAUUAUCUUGGCCAAAGUCUACAUUUUUUCAUUGUUUUGCCAUAGUCAUUCACGUUUACAUGUUUUAACUCCUGAUUUUUAUUCUAUUUUGACCAGAGACAUUUUUCUUAUUGUUUGGAAUAGUUAUAACAAACGUCGCAUUAGAAAAGAAAUGUGUUGAUGAAAUCAGGGAAAAGUGUCCUUGGCUAUUUAAAUUAUUCUUCAUUGGCUCUUUGUGAAUAGAUUUUUAGAAUAUAACAAAUUUAGUGAUUUAAUUAUUUUGAUACAGAUUUUAUUUUCAAUGGACAGUGCCAUUAAAUCAAUAUUAGCUUAUUUCUUUCUUGUAUGGAUUGAAAAAGAAACAUUCUUUUGUUGUUUCAUGGUACUACAACUUCUAAACCCCGUGCCAGUGACUUCUGCUCAUUGAUAGGAAAUAAUUUUAACAAUCUUGCAUUCUGUUCGAAAAAAAAAAGUUCAUCCUCAACUGCUAAGUCAUAGGUGCAACAUCAGUAGAGUAAAACUCUUAAACGACUUUGUUACCAACUAGUAUUUCAUUAGAACAAGGACACUGCCGCCUUUAUGUCCCUGCAUAGAUUUAGUAUUUUAUGAAUUUCUCAGACUAAUUAUUUUAUUGAGACUGCAGCUUAUACCCCACUCUUGUUGUUUAACGACUUGUUGUGUGACAUUUUUUUUUUUUUUUUUUGUCAAGUUGAAGUGUAUUCAUUGCACUAUGCUCAAUGUUCCCACGGAAGAAGACUUAUCUUUUUGUUCUCAUUGUAUAUUGAUACCUCUCUUUUGUAAAAGUUUAACUGAGCUCAUGAAAUAGCCAUUGUGAGGUAUGUUUUGAAGCGUGAUGUUUUUAAAGUUUAUUCUUAUCUCAGGUAAAAAAAAAACAAUUUGAGAGCUAUUACAAUGGACUUUUAUUAGAACCAAUGAUUUGCAUUCUUGAUAAACAUGUGAUAUUGCAAUGGGCUGCUUUGUAGGAUGUUACAAUUUUGUCUCAAUAUAAAUAUGUUAAAAUAAAUUUUGUUAUGUGUGUGCCUGUGUGUGUAUUCUCCUUGUGGGGAUUAUAAGUCAAAUGCUCAAUUUGUUGAUUGCUUGAAUGUGUGUGUUUUUAACAAAUGUAAAUAAAUAAUAUUGAAUAAGUCAUUGAGUAACAUGCCUGUAAGAAUGAAUGGUCUGUGAGUGUGUGUGUGUGUGUGUGUGUGUAGGUGUGUUUGUGUGUGUAUGUGUGUGUGCGCGUGUUGAUCAGUUAGUUUUGUAGAUUGUAAAUAAAGCAAAAGUAACUUUAUUAUCA